AUGGCCACUACUUAAAAAGAGUAAUAGAAAAGAGUCGACGUUUUAAUAGUGGGGGCUGGUCCUGCUACUCUUGGAUUGCUAUGCAAUGCUCUCAAAACUAACAGAUUGAAUGAACUAAUCUUAUCAGGUGAUGGAAUAGCUGUUGUUGAGUCAGGACUUUGUUUUGGUGGUGGAUGCUUAUAAAAUUUUGGUAUAAAUUCUAAUACUAGUGCAAAUGGUUUCCUGAAAUGUCUCUAUAGAAAGAAACCUGUAAUGAUUAAAUCCAUUUAAUAUUUUUAGGAAUAAUAAACUGAAAAAACUAAUCAGAAUGUGAAUAAUGGGAGUAGUAUGGGUUCAAAGCCUGACUAAAGUAAAGCACAAGCUAAAUCUUAGAUAAACUAAACUAUGACAUAAAUGUAGAAAAAGCUAAAAGAAAUGGAUAAUAUUGGACUUGAUGAAGGAAGUGAAUCAGAGGUGGAGGAUUAUUUAGAUAAUAAUUCAUCUAAGUAUGAGGCUCUAAAUCCUUUUAAAGAUCUUUAUCCAAAUAGUGAAAUAGUUAAAGCUCUAAGAGAGUAUGGUCCUAAUAUUGUCCCUCUUUCAAUGAUAGGAAUGCUGAUGAACUAUACAGGGAAUCACUUCCUUGCCUACAUUUUUAACACUUACAAGAAAAAGAUAUUCUAUCCUAUGCAUAAAGUCGUAUCAGUUUAGUUAUUGGCUAACGGUGAGAUACUAACUACAACUAAAAGAACUGAUUGUAUGAUAAAGAGAAAUCUUACAAGUGGUCACACAGUAUUUUAUGAUUAAGAAACUGUAAUUACCUUCAGAUCGAAAGCCAUUGUCCUUUCAAACGGUGGAGUUUAAACAUUGCACCCUUAAUUUUUUUAAUGGUUCCCGAAAUUAUCUGACUAAAGAGAAAAGAUAAUUCUUGGUGAUAACUUUCUCAAAAAGGAAAACUUUUGCAGUUUGAUGCAGAAAAUAAAAGAGAAUGAGUAUAAGAAUAUUGUUAUAAUAGGUGGAUCACAUUCAGGAUUUUCUUGUGCCUGGAUGAUGCUUAAUGGACCUGCCUCUUAUAAAAAGAAUACCUCUAUCAGGUCUAAAUACCAAGAUUAAUUUCCAGGAGCUCAUCUUAAAUAAUAAUAGAAUUGCUAAGAUUGCUGUACUUGUUCAUCAAAAGUCACUAAAUAACCUUCAGCUUUAGGAUGUAACUGUAUUUGUAAAUGUUUUGGAUUUUUCUAGUAUAAGGACUGGGAUUUCGAUUAUGAUUUAGAGUAGCUAACUCAUUUAGGCGCAGGAAACAUUAAAAUUCUAUAUAGAGAUAGGAUUAAAGUAUUCUAUAGUUAGGUUAAAAAUGCAGAGUUUGACGGUUAUACAGAUUUUAAGCAGCUUAACUUUAGCAAUAAAAAUGGAUACUUAUAUUCGUUCACAGGACUAAGAGGUGAUGCAAAAAAGCUAUAUAAAUCAGUAAUGAAAGGUGAAGAAAAAAGAAUAUAGCUCAUUAAGGCAGAGUCGCCAGAGUUACAAAGGCAAUAUGUUGAAGAUGCAGACUUGGUAAUAUGGGCUUGUGGAUAUUAAACUAAUAAAAUUCCAAUUAGAGAUUUUGAAGGAAAAGAAUAGAAUUUAAGUUAAAAAGUUCCAUUUACUUAGUAUGAUGUUGAUAAUAAAUGUAGAAUCAUAACUACAGAUAAUGGCUUAUUAACAAAAACUUUUGGAACUGGUAUAGCCUAUCCAUUAAGAACAAAUGAUGGGAUGAUAAUACCCGAUGGUGGUAAAUCUAACCCAAGAGCAGAUAGUUUUACCUUAUAUCUAAAUUUCGUUGCUGACAAGAUUCUCUAGAAUAUUUUGCCUAAAAAUAAGUUGGACAAUAAGCUUCAUAAGACUAUUAGAGAGAGAAAAUAGAUAAAACCUAAAGUAGAUCAGUAACAUAAAAAUGAUAAUAGCAAUACUGUUGCCAGCCAGGUGAAGAGAAGUGUGAUUAUAUAAAGCAAUAAUAAUAAGGAUAAACAAAAACCUCAUAGAUCAAGUACUGCAAGCCUCGCACAUAGAAGACCUGUUUUAGAAUAGCAAAAGCGAGUUAAUAUGCAAAGCGUUAGCAGAAUAUCAAAACCUGAGUCAUAGAAAAAGAAGCCUCCAGCUAACCCAAAUCUUAAUCAAAAUAAUAAUAACGUUCAAUAUGCUCAGACUAAUUUUCUUAAUGUAACAAAAGAUAAUUGCUAACCGUUAUAAACAGAAGUUGCAGAUACUAAAUUUGAUUAAAAAAUGGAAACAAUAAUUUAAAAGAAUUCUACUUCAGUAUAAUCAGCAAUUGGAUCUACUAAACAAAGUUUGUCAUAAACUGUCAAGUAAAGCCCAAUAAAAGCAGAGAGCUUAAUGACUUAAAAGCCCCCUACAAAUAAUAUGCUUGGGAAAACUCCAGUAAUUUCAAAAUCUUUAAUAAAAGUGGAUUAAAUUAAGAGGCAACAGCAAAAUAAAAUUCAUUUAGUCAAAUAAAAAGCCCCUCUAAAAAUUUAAGUUGAGUAAAUAAAUCUUGAGGAUUCAAAGUUAAGCGGCUAGUCCUCAGUAAGAAAAGAGAUCGAGAGUGCCAAUUCUAUAAUUGAUGAAACUAAUAAGAAUCAAUUUAAUUAUAUUGAUUUAGGCUAUUUACAUACAACAUAAACUCCAAAGAAUUAUGAUUCUCUUACCAGCUCUAAUCCUCAAAGUCAAGAUGGAAUUCCUUUAGAACAAAGUGAUGUCUCUCUAAAAGUCUAAAAUAGAACACUGGAAACUAAAUAAAAACUUGUAAGAGAGGUCCAAAAUAAGAAUUAAGUGCAAUUAUCAUAAGCAAAAAUUUCAAAUGGUAUUGAUAAUACAGAGGCGUUGCAAUUUAAGAAAAAUUAGUAAUCACCACAAAAUAUUAAAAUCAACAAAGACCGUAAUCUUUCAUAUUAAAGUCCAUUUUCACGUCAAUAUCAAAAGACCUAACCAACUUUGAUAGAUUAUAGUGGGUAAAAAUAACCUUAACCAGCAGCAUUAUCAACAUAAUUAUCUUUCAAAAACAAUAGCUAAAGUUAAUCUGCUCAUAAAAGCCAUUCAUUGGCUUAUAAUAAAGUUGAGACAAAUGAUAAUUAGAUUUCCAAAAACUAAACAAACAUUGGGAAAAAUUCUAAUCAAAAUAUAUUGCAAAAUAACAUUGUACCACUUAAGGUAUUUAGCAUGCCUUCCCAUAUUAAUGCCUCAGGGAAUAUCAAUAUUGACAUGCUUUAUCACUAGUAGUAAUAAUAGCUCAUGAAUUUGAAUCAAAAUAACUACUAUCAAACUGGAAUGAAGUAGUAUUAAGCUAAACUCACAAUGAGCAAUAUGUCACCACCCAUUCAUAAGAAAUAAUAAAGUGAUCUUAAAAGUCAAAUCAUACACAUGACUCCUUAGAAGAACCUUAUCAGAAAAAUUAACUAUGAACCACUUUCACUUCACUAUAAAAAGAAAGAAAUCAGUCUUAAGGAAUCCUUAAUAGAUAAUAUAAAGGUUCAAUGA